GCAUCGAACGCUCAAGAAGCGUCGUAUAUGUGGAAGAUACGAAAUAUUCUUCCGAUUGUGGCUUUACCGGAUGGGUUUUUGUGUGAACACGAUGUAACACUGCCCUUGCAACAUUACUAUGAAAUAGUUGAGGUUUUGAGAGAACGAUUGAAGGGUUUAGCAACUCGUGUGAUUGGUUUUGGACAUAUGGCUGAAGGUGAUAUGCACAUCAAUAUUUCGGCAAAGAAGUAUUCACCUGAAUUCAUGGCCAAGUGGGUUUCAUAG